AUCUUUUAUUUUACUCAAGCCGCCGCUAUGCCGUUACGCCAGAACGCCGUAUGACCUCGCUUGUGGUUUUUGUUUCAAAGUCGUGCAAUGGGUCACGUAUCACAUCCUCGCAUCGGUUCUCACUGAGCACGAAAACAUAAAAGAAAUGCCUAAUUUUUUUUUUAUUGCUUCGCAGACUUCGGUUGCGCGAUUUUGCUUCCAAUUAGGAUACUUUGCACGACGAGCGUACAUUGUCUGUGAAUUUUUAAAGCUUUGCCGACUUUAUCGAACACACUUUCUUCUGCAUCGAGGCACUCGGAAUCUUUCUUAUUGCCGCUGAAAAUAUCCUUGUUGCGCGAACCACUACAGCGUUUCAUCAGAACCGUUAAAAACAAGGCCAUAUCUAUUAAACAAAACGAAACCUUUAUGGUUAGUGCCAGAUUUCCUUGUAAAGACGCUCAAGGAAACGUGUACGGUGUAGCUAUCUCUGUGUCGUAACGCAUCAAGGGCGCGUCAGAGGGGAGAGCGCGCUUAUUUCUACGGUUAGUUAAGUUGUUGCGCUGAACCAGGCUCAUCCAGAAAUAUCUUCCUCGUCUUUUCGGCAGGAGUGACCAAUCGAAACCAUCUGCGAAAAAAUUUCUCCGCACAACCGCGCCCUCCAAGAAAAGGAAGAGAGAGAGCGCCUACGAAAGGGGAAAGUGAAAGAGACUGCAUGGGAUCAACAUGGCCGACGCUCGACUGCUGCUCGCUCUGAUCUCCGUGUUCCUGAUCGUUUAUCCUGUACCCGGAGAGGAUUCGCACAGCGGAACCGAGUUUUGUGAUGUGGCUACAGAAGGCAACAUUGCAUGUCAAGCACCUGUCGACAACACCGAGCAGUACAACUCUAUUACUUCGGGAAAUGACACCGAAUCUGCUGCGCAUGGUAACCAUCGCCUCGUCAUAUUUACGGUUGCCUCUGAGGAAACGGAUGGGUACAAACGUUUUGCACGAUCUGCAGAAGUGUACGGCUUGAAGCCAAAGGUCCUGGGCAUGAACCAGGAAUGGCUCGGGGGUGACAUGGCACGGGGCAUGGGGGGAGGCUACAAGGUGAGGCUCCUCAGGAAGGCUGCCGUCGACUACAAAGAUGACACGUCCGUGAUCCUCAUGUUUGUGGACAGCUAUGACGUGAUAUUCGCUGCUGGAGCCAAGGAAAUACUGAAGAAGUUUUAUAAAUUCAACACCAAUGUCCUAUUUUCGGCAGAAGGGUUUUGUUGGCCCGAUCAAAGCCUUGCGUCUUCUUACCCAACCGCAAAAGGAAAUCGUUUUCUCAAUUCCGGAGGAAUCAUAGGAUACGCCCCCCAAAUUUACGAAAUUGUCUCAAGCUCUGAGCUUGAGGACGAAGCCGAUGACCAGUUGUUCUACACCAAGAUCUACCUCAACGAAGAUCUUCGGAAAAAGUGGGGCAUCAAACUUGACCAUCGCGCUGAAAUAUUCCAGAACCUUAAUGGAGCUGUGGGUGAUGUUGAGCUGCUUGGGUUGGAUUCUGAACCAUAUUUGCAUAAUUCAGCCUUUGGUACUGUGCCGUUGGUAAUUCACGGUAAUGGGCCUUCCAAGGUUGUGCUGAACAGCUUUGGAAAUUAUCUUGCUAAGUCGUGGAACAGCCUAGCAGGCUGCCGUGUGUGCUACGAUGCCUUUAGCCUUGCCGACAAGGAGCCAUCAGAGCUUCCAAGGGUUCUGAUUGGGAUUUUCAUAGAGCACCCCACUCCAUUUUUGUGGGAAGCUUUGUCUAAGGUCUACAAUCUCAACUAUCCAAGAGAGAGGAUUGACUUGUUUGUGCAUAACGCUGUGGAGUUCCACGAAGAGGAAGUGGACAAGUUUGUGGAACAGUACGGCCAGUCAUACAGAAGCGUGAAGCACAUGCGAAAUGAAGACGGCAGGAAGGAAUGGCAUGCCCGCAAUUUGGCACUGGAGGAAUGCAUGAAGAUAAAGUGCGACUACUACUUCUCUGUUGAUUCCGAUGCGCACCUGGACAACGAGGACACGCUGAGGGCGCUCAUUGAGAUGAACAGAACCGUGGUGGCUCCACUGCUGUCGAGGCACAAGAACCUCUGGUCCAACUUCUGGGGAGCCCUCUCCACUGACGGCUACUACGCACGGUCCCACGACUACGUCCAGCUGGUCAAGGGCGAGCGAAAGGGCCUUUGGAACGUUCCCUUCAUUAAUACGGUGUACCUGAUCAACGGCACGCUGCUCCACACCAAGGACAAGUUUCCGUCGUUCAUAAGCGGACUCCUGGAUCCGGACAUGGCUUUCUGCAAGAACAUGAGGGAGAAGGGGAUCUUCAUGUAUGUCACCAACAUGGAUACCUAUGGACACCUUGUCAACCCCGAGACGUUUGAUUUGAAGCUAAAGAACCCUGAUUUCUAUGAGAUAUACAGCAAUCAAAUGGAUUGGGAGCGUCGUUACAUUCACGAAAACUACAGCAAGGUCCUUGAACCCGACUUCAAAGUGGACAUGCCCUGUCCUGACGUGUACUGGUUCCCCGUGGUGACGGAUAUAUUCUGUCGCCACAUGAUCGAGAUCAUGGAGAACUUUGGCCAGUGGUCAAGCGGAAAGAACGAGGACGAGCGACUAGCAGGGGGUUAUGAGAAUGUCCCGACGCGAGACAUCCACAUGAACCAGGUUAAUUUUGAGCAACACUGGCUCUUCUUCUUGAGGGAGUACAUCAAACCCGUGCAAGAGAAGGUCUUCCUGGGCUACUUCCAUGACCCUCCAAGGGCCAUAAUGAACUUUGUUGUGCGCUACCAUCCUGAUGAGCAGUACUUCCUGCGACCACACCAUGACUCAUCGACUUACACCAUCAACAUUGCACUCAACAGACCAAAGAUUGACUAUGAGGGUGGUGGCUGCAACUUCCUGAGGUACAACUGCAGUGUAGUGGACCUCAAGCGGGGAUGGAGUCUAAUGCAUCCGGGGCGGCUAACGCACUACCAUGAGGGUCUGCCCGUCACAAAGGGUACACGCUACAUCAUGGUGUCCUUUGUGGACCCCUAAGAAAGCUUCUUGCGCCACGCACACAUCCUCUGUUUAAUACGUCCAAUCUAUGUCAUGAUGUUGCCGCAAGUCACCAUUAUCUUUGUUUCGCGUGUUAUGUUCUUUGCUGCAUUUAUUUUAGCCAUUUUAACAGUGCCAAGGUUCCGAUAACUGGCAGUGUGCAAAAUAUUUUUCUGGUCCUCCAAGAUUAUUUUUCUUAUUUCCCUUCAGUAACAUGCAAGUGUGUAACAGCAUACUAUAUGUUAAACCUUUAAUGCAAAUAUUUUUAAUACAAAUGCCAGUUGUGUUUUGUGAAAACCUUCACUCUAUACUAAUUUGAAUAUCAUUGUACUCCAAUUCACCUUCCAUUGCAUUUGGCCUAGUUUGAAAAACAUCUCCAGGAAUGGGCUAACGGGUUAUUUGCAACCUCCUAUUGCAGUACGUACACUGCACAACACAGCACAAACAUGUGAUCAAUGGUUUUUCUCAUUUUUCUUUUUAAUCAAAAUUCUGCCGUCAAAACCCCAAGUGUGGGAAGUGCCGCCCUUGGGUUCCAACUUGGGUGUUAAAAUUUGGUGCCUGGCAAUACCUUCUCCGAGUAAAAUGUGCAAAAGCACGAAUGUCGCAAUCACGUUAAUGGUUGCCGUGCAGUGUAUGCAUGUUUUUAUUGCAUGCAGAUUUCAAUGUAAAAAGCAAAGUAUUGUAUCAGGGUUCUUUUCCUAGUUCUUGGAGACACCUUAAGAUUUAUUUUUUGUCAUUGCUACAUACAGCCUUGUGUUUUUAGUCUCUGAAAACUUGCUGGUCUUUUUUUAACUUAGGUGAUGCAGUUUCGUUAUGCUUGUUUCUUUAAGAUAGGAACAUCAAAAUAUGUUUUCUAAUAUAGGAGCAAUUGUUUUCCUUCUUUUUUUAAAGCAAAGGCAGCUUUAGGCUUAUUAUCUUCUUGUAGAGAAUUUCAGGCCUCUGUAUGCAAAACUCAUUGAUGCUUCUAGUUGGAUUCUGUUUUACUUCCAAAUUUCUGCAUUUUAUGUACACUAGUUUCUGAAAGCUUCAUAGUGCCAUUUGCAUACAGUAUCGACAAUACACGUGCCUUUUAGAAUGAGGAAUUUGAGGAAUAUACAUAUGGUUUGAGGAAUGCAAUACCACUUUUUCUACAUGUUGGAGGUCUACUUUACUGGAACCUAUGGUGCCAGUUUCUUGGCUUAAAGAUGCUUUUACACUUUUUGCAAUGAUUUUGUUUAGCCACGGAAAUUGAUUUUUUGCCACCAUGGAAAUACUUGGCCAAUACUUAUGCACUUAUGCCAUGUUUUAUCUGUUAACGCUCUAGUCCUGCAAACCAGAAGGAACUCUUGUGCAUUGCGCAGCAACAUCAUUUUACACGAGCGUUUUGUUUCAUAACAUUGUAUGCUGCAAGUUUUACAUGCUCAAUGUCUAGAAAAAAGACUGUGAACAUAACUUCUGCCAUUCUUCUAUAGGCGAUGUCUGUCAUCGUAUUAAAGGAGGGGCAGACUGAAAUUAUUGUUUUUCUUGAGUCUGCACCUGAUCUGUUGCCAUUGUUGAUUUUUAACGUAGCUUCUUUUUGAGCUCCGCGUGAUCUUCCUUGCAUGAUCUGAUGAUUAAUACUUUGCGGCAGAGGCAAAGAAAACCAGCAAUAUUUUGUUAGACGAAUAAACAUCUUUUUACAGAAA